UGAACCUGUAUGUAUAAUUGUUGUUCAUCAUUUCUUCCAUCACUUAUGGGUCCUAUAUUAAAACCCUGCAUAACUUGAGCAUUUCUUAACUUUUUUCUCCAUUCCUUUAUGUAUGGAAUUAGCCUCCCAAAACAUACCCUUUGGACCAUUUUGUCUUGUGUCAGAUUAUUUAUCAUGAAGCUCAUAUUGAUCAAACAUUCCGCUAUGGAUUCCAUUUACAUGUGCCAUUUCAUUCUACUACUGACCAUAGUGUGCACUGUUGUUGUUGCAACUCUAGGAGAUAACACAUCAGAAUCCUACUGGCUUCUAAGAAUUAAAUCAGAACUGGUUGAUCCAUUAGGAGCCCUGAGAAACUGGUCUCCAACAACAACUCAAAUUUGUAGCUGGAAUGGACUAACAUGUGCACUUGAUCAGGCACGUGUUGUAGGCCUUAAUUUGUCUGGCUCAGGACUAUCAGGUUCCAUUUCAGGAGAGUUCAGCCACCUCAUUUCUCUUCAAUCACUUGAUUUGUCUUCAAACUCCCUCACAGGCUCAAUCCCUUCUGAACUUGGGAAGCUUCAAAAUCUAAGAACACUUCUGCUUUACUCAAAUUAUCUCUCUGGUGCCAUUCCUAAAGAGAUAGGUAAUUUGAGCAAGUUGCAAGUUCUUAGACUAGGAGAUAACAUGUUGGAAGGUGAAAUAACACCUAGUAUUGGCAACUUGAGUGAGUUGACAGUGUUUGGUGUAGCCAACUGCAACUUAAAUGGAAGCAUACCUGUUGAGGUUGGUAAGUUGAAGAAUCUUGUGUCUCUUGAUUUGCAAGUGAACAGUCUUAGUGGUUACAUACCUGAAGAGAUUCAAGGCUGUGAAGGGCUCCAAAAUUUUGCAGCAUCAAACAACAUGCUUGAAGGAGAAAUACCCUCCUCUUUGGGGUCUCUCAAAUCAUUGAGAAUUCUGAACCUGGCCAAUAACACUCUAUCAGGAUCAAUUCCUACCUCUUUGAGUCUUCUCUCCAAUUUGACAUACCUGAAUUUGCUUGGAAACAUGUUAAAUGGUGAAAUUCCUUCAGAGCUUAACAGUUUGAGCCAGCUACAGAAGCUUGACUUAUCCAGAAACAGCCUUUCUGGUCCACUAGCCCUCCUCAAUGUCAAAUUACAGAAUCUUGAAACUAUGGUUCUGUCUGAUAAUGCUUUAACAGGUAGUAUUCCAUAUAACUUCUGCCUCAGAGGUUCUAAACUUCAGCAACUGUUCUUAGCUAGGAAUAAGCUUUCUGGAAGAUUUCCCUUGGAGCUUCUCAACUGCAGCUCAAUCCAACAGGUGGACCUUUCUGAUAACAGUUUUGAAGGUGAACUUCCAUCAAGCCUGGACAAGCUACAGAACCUCACAGAUCUUGUGCUCAACAACAACAGCUUCAGUGGAUCUCUACCUCCAGGAAUUGGAAACAUUAGUAGCUUGAGAAGCCUUUUCUUGUUUGGUAACUUUUUCACAGGAAAACUCCCUGUGGAGAUUGGAAGGCUUAAGAGGUUGAACACCAUUUACCUCUAUGAUAACCAGAUGUCUGGACCUAUACCAAGAGAGUUAACAAACUGCACAAGAUUAACUGAAAUUGACUUCUUUGGAAACCAUUUUUCUGGUCCCAUUCCAAAGACUAUAGGUAAGCUAAAGGACUUAACUAUUCUCCAUUUAAGGCAAAAUGAUCUGUCAGGUCCAAUCCCACCAAGCAUGGGGUACUGUAAAAGGCUUCAGUUAUUGGCCUUAGCAGAUAACAAGUUGUCAGGUUCCAUACCCCCCACAUUCAGUUACCUUUCACAAAUUAGAACCAUUACCCUUUACAACAACUCCUUCGAAGGACCACUACCCGAUUCCCUCUCUCUUCUUAGAAACCUUAAAAUCAUAAACUUUUCCAAUAACAAGUUCAGUGGAAGUAUCUUUCCUCUGACUGGUUCAAAUUCUCUCACUGUUUUGGACUUGACAAACAACAGCUUCUCAGGUUCCAUCCCUUCUAUUCUAGGCAACUCCAGAGAUCUCACGCGUCUCAGACUUGGAAACAAUUAUCUCACAGGAACCAUUCCUUCUGAACUUGGCCACCUCACUGAGCUAAACUUCCUUGAUUUGUCAUUCAACAACUUGACAGGACAUGUGCCACCUCAACUCUCAAACUGCAAGAAAAUUGAACACCUUCUACUGAAUAAUAACAGAUUGAGCGGGGAAAUGUCGCCUUGGCUGGGAAGCUUACAAGAACUUGGUGAGCUGGAUCUCUCAUUCAACAACUUUCAUGGAAGGGUUCCUCCUGAGCUUGGUGGCUGCUCAAAGUUGCUUAAGCUUUCUCUCCAUCACAACAAUCUCUCGGGUGAAAUCCCGCAAGAGAUUGGAAACCUUACUUCACUCAAUGUCUUCAACUUGCAAAAGAAUGGUCUCUCUGGCCUCAUUCCAUCAACAAUUCAGCAAUGCACCAAGCUGUAUGAGAUAAGGCUCUCAGAGAACUUCCUCUCAGGUACUAUACCAGCUGAACUAGGAGGGGUUACUGAGUUACAAGUCAUAUUGGACUUGAGUAGAAACCACUUUUCUGGUGAGAUUCCAUCAUCUCUUGGAAAUCUCAUGAAGCUAGAAAGACUUGAUCUUUCCUUUAACCAUCUUCAAGGACAAGUUCCUCCUUCACUUGGUCAACUUACCAGCCUGCAUAUGCUAAAUCUCUCAUAUAACCAUCUUAAUGGCCUCAUUCCCUCAACCUUUUCAGGGUUCCCAUUAAGCUCCUUUCUGAACAAUGACCACUUGUGUGGCCCUCCACUAACAUUGUGCUUGGAAGCUACGGGGAAGGAGCGAAUGCAGCUAUCAAACGCACAAGUAGCAGCAAUCAUAGUAGCCAUUGUCCUUACUUCCACCCUGAUAUGCUUAGUAAUGUUGUAUAUAAUGUUGAGAAUCUGGUGCAACUGGAUAAAGGUAGCUGUUUCAAGUGAAGAUGGUGGCAUGGUUGAGCAGCAGAAGACAAGAAAUGGAGAGUACUGGAAUAUGAAUUCUCCUGAGUUGUUUCCUUCACCAGAUAAACAAAUUUCGCCAACAAUUUGCAUUUGCAGUCUCAAAAUUGAUGCAGAAGCCCAGGAAAAUACCUUGGUCAGAUAAUAAAACGUACUUGUUUGUAAAUUGUAAUUUUGUUUUUCUGAGUAAAUAAUGAUGUAAUCUAUGGCUAUAUACUGCUAUUUAUGGAAUGUACAGCACCCAGUCAUGCAUAGUUUCAGUAA